AUGGUUCAAAAAUCUGGCAAUAUUUCGUCCACUGUCUAUUCAAAAACUAGUCGCGUGCGAUCACCUGAUUCAGCUGUAUGGGGAAGUACAAAGGCGAAGAAUUUAGUAUCUGGUGUCAAAUUCUCAUGGGACAGAUACCAGAAAUUGUAUUUCGUGGAAUUUCUAGAAACGGUCGGUCUCGGCUUUAAGAAUGCAGACAUCUCUCCGUUGCUCGUUCAACUAAACCUUGAUGGAUACGAAGAUAUCAACAACGAUCAUGGGGAAAAUGUUUAUGACAUAAUCGAGGAGAAAGUCCGACGGAAGAUUAAGAAUACAGCCGACGAACUAGGCGCGGAGAGGUUGAAGAAAGCAAGCUUUGGAUCAAAGAAACUUGAUUCAACGUCAACAGGGGAGCCCGUACCAAUUCCAAACAAUACAGUCCCCAGUCAACCAGAAACCCCUCGAGCGGGGACCAAAACGCCAGCGGGAGACCUAAAACCAAUUCUUGACUUCCCGGACAAAAGCGACAGUGAGCGGUGCGACACACCUACUCAGCCCACAAAGUCUCCGCAGACGAGCCACCCCUUCCUGAGGAUGCCUAAACAGAAAGCACCCAUGCCUCCUCCCUCGCCGAGCAGUUCGGGAAGCUCAUAUACCCUCCGACACGACAUCAACUUCGAACCGAAACCCCUCCCCGCAUUUUCGUUUAAAGGGUCGCAGAAUUCAUCUAGCAGUCCAUCCACCCCUCAAAGAAUAAUUAAAUUCGAACCCUCCGACCAUUUUCUCCCAUCCCUCGAAUUCAAAGACUCUGAGCGGUCCUCGCAAUCACCGACUUCUAAAGCCGCAAGCUCCGAUAAAACAGACGAGGAAAGCACGUCGAAACGCGGCAGAGCGAAGCGGUCGAUCGGACGUCUUGUAUCCUUGUUAAAGCGUGCGGAGGACGCGCUUGAUGAGGUCGAAGCUGCGUUCGAUGACUUGCCGCAGGUGGAAGAGGGAGGGGAGCUGGCGAGGACGAUUGCGCGGUUGAGGUCGGAGUUUAAUGGUGUUCAGGUUGAUGCGGAGGAGGUGGAGGAUUUCGCGGCGGAGAGGUUGAGUGGGUGA